UUACUGCAGGGAUAGAACAAAUGAAAAAGCACCAAAGAUUGAUGCUGCUGAGGUUGCAUUGCAAGGGCAGAGCCUGAGAAUUCCUGCUUGGAACCCUGCAGGAAAAAGGGCUGGGACACCCUGGGAUGUCCCAGGGCAGGAGGUGGCUCUGGUGGCCCAGUCUGGGUGGGCAGGGGGAGAUGGCACCAGUGCAGUGCCCAGGGAAAGGAGAGGAGAGGAUGUGACUGACAGGUGCUAUGGAAAGGGAACAUUUAUUAACUUCCACUGGCCCUUGGUUCAAUACCAGCUGAUAUUUAUGGGAAAUCUAAUUCAGGAGUCAAAUCUAACUUAACAAUGUCUUCUCAAUAAUGUCCAAACCAAGAGGUUGCUGAAACUAAUUAAGGAUCAGGCUCCAAUCAGGUGGAGAAGUUAAGCUGUAGGACCAGACUUCAUUAAGUCUGUCCAGAGAGAAUAUUUUAAUAUUUAAAGAGAACAUUCAGUGUUUACAUAAGGCCUUUCCUGACGUGAAGUCACAGUUAGAUCACUUCAGAGGUGGUUUUUAAAGCCUUUUAUUCCAAGCUCAGACAGAGCCGGGCUGGAAAACGCCUUUUCCAUUUCUCUUGGACUCAAUGAGGCUUCUUAAAAGAUCCAGUCCACUCAGGAAGGUUUCCAGUGGCGAGGAAAAUCGAAACAAAAAUGUAAAAAACAGCUGUGUGAAGGUUUUUCUCUUUGCAGCAUCUCUGUCUGCCGUGCUGGUGCUGGGAUUGAUGGGUUUGCUCUGGAUGUGUUCAGGUCUUAAACCAACACAGCUGCAGGGCUGAGGCUGGAGCAGUCCUGAAGGGCUGGGCUGGAAAUCCCUGGAGAUGUUGCUCAAGAACAAACCUGUUUACACAAACAGCUUUGAGAAGAGAAUUGUCAGUCAAGGCACUUCUAUUCUCAGCUCAGGAGCAACUGUAAGAGUAAAUAUCCCUCAGGUGGGCUGGGGCUGAGCUGGGUGGCAGCUGGUGCAGAGCCAAAGGUGUUUCUUGUCAAACCUCCCUCUCCACUCCUGCCCUGGUGUCUCCUUUCCCGUGUUGUCCAGGCUCUCAGGAUGGUUUCGAGGAAGGUGGUGGCCAGUUUGCUGCUGGUGUCCCUGCUGUCCGUGCUGGCUGAGCAGACCCAAGGCUUCAUGCCCUUUUUCACCCAGAGUGACUUCCAGAAAAUGCAGCUGCAGGAAAAGGAGAGGAACAAGGCAGGGCAGAAGAAAUCUCUGAGCUCGCUGCAGCAGCUGGAGGAGGAAGGUUUCUCUGAGCAGUCCGGUGUGGAUGUCAGUGCAGCCAAGACCCUCCAGCAGGCCCUUCCUGCCAGAGCUUGGCUCACCCCGAGGCAGCUGGAAAAAUACCAAGAUGUCCUGGAGAAACUGCUGGCAGAGCUGUUACAGGACACCCCAGAUGGUACUGUCAGAGGGUUGAUUUCUGCCUUGGGAAUUCUGCCUUUCCUUCUUCUCACCAGCUCAUCAGCACAGAGAUAUUUAUAUUCCCCAGAAGGGUUUUUGUGUCAUGUUUGCUCACUUUGUGGAGCCCUCAGAUCCCAACUGCUCCUGUCUGCACCCUUCUGGGAAGGUUAUUCCCUCGUAAGGUGCUGCCUAUGCCCCAGAGCUGAUAUUGACUGGAAGCAGCAGCACAACCCUUCCCAACAGCCCUGUUUGCCACUUCCCUGCUCCUCCUCCUCCCGAAGAGUCCUCAGUCUCCAGGGAACAAUUUCCAGCAGAGCCUAUAACAGCAACUGUACCUGUGAGGCAGCUCAGCAUGUGCAGCCAGCUUGGAACACCUCGCUGCCUGCACGGGGGCUUAACACUGACACUUAAUUACACUGCAAUUUGCUGCAAAUCCUCCUUUUCCUUUGGGAAAUCGUGUGUGGGAAUUGCAGCAGCAAAUAUCCAGGGGCGGGCUGUUGUGCAGCUCUUCCUGCCUGCAGGUUGAGGGAUGGUGGGAUGGGGCUGUCCCUGUGCCUUUGCCUUUUCUGGGAUGUUUAGCCCAGGAAAGGGGGUCCCGCUCCUCCCCGUGGGAUUGCUCUGCUCUGCCUGUGCUCAUCCCAGUUUGCCUCUGAGCUUUCAGCUGCGGAGCUGAGGAGGAGGAAACAACACAUAAAGCUCUGGAAAGACUGAAUGCCAGAUUUAAGGACACUUGUGCUUUUCUCUCUUUUCUAUUUAGCUGACUGAUAUCUGCAGGAUAAGAAGAGAAAGCGCUGGAGCUGCUCAAGCUGAAAGACUCCACUUAUGUAAACGAAAUUUGUGAGAGAGAUUAACAAAAUCUGAGGUGAGGUAAUAAAUGUGCAGUGUAAUUAAAAGGAGGAUUUGUGUCUUCUGUCCUGCAAGCCUCUCAAACAGAUGGGGAGUGCCCAGUGUGGGAAAGAAGAGAGAGGAAAGGCUCCAGGUUUUGGCAAACAUCCCUGUUUUCCUGAGCACUGCUCUGAGAGUCCUGUGAGGAGCUGAGGGA